AUAAAUAUUCCUCCGAUACGCAAUCUUUUCCAUGAUUAAAAAAUGACUAACUUGGAGAUAAUUCGAAAAAAUACGAAUUGUAAUUAUCAUUAUUCUACUAGUAGUUCGAAGAAAGUUCGCAGUAUUGAUUCUCCAGAAAUAUAGAAGUUUCGAAUGAAACCAUUCGCUCUCAGAAUACCGUGCCGUGUAAAAUGAUUUCAAUUCUGAAGUCCCGACAGAAAUGGAUCCGAAUUUUCACGUAACAUCUGCGACAUUCAACCACAAAUUCACGAAUUUUAGUCAGAUCCAAAAACUUACCCAAUCACCAGCAUGUUGGAUCCAGAAUAUGCCAUGGAAAAUUUUCAUAGAACCCGUCGUAAGAGACAACAAAAAAUACCUCUCCAUAUUCGUCAGUUGCGCUGCAUCUGUCACAUCUAAUCCAUGGUCUUGUAGAGCCUCUGUGAAGACCUACAAACUUGAUGGUACCAGGCCUAAAGUAAUAAAAACAUCGAAAUAUCUCAUUUUCGACAGUGCCGCGUCCACUAGUUGGGGACAUGACACGUUCAUUUUGUGGGAUACAGUCUUGAAACCAUCUAACGGGUACAUCAAAAAUGAUGCCAUAACCAUAGAAGUUAGUAUUGAUGCAGAAGUACCCGUUGGCUUGGAAUUAACAAGUACUUAUUUCACAGAUGAAAGGGCUAAUGCUGCGAUCAAGCUAUGCGAUCAAACCAUAUCAAGCCUUCAAUCCAACAUACAGGAACUUUCGAAUCAGAACAGCCAAUUGCAAAAUAUCAAUAAAGCUUCAUCUGAUGAAAUAACGAGGCUGCAAAAUCUCUUAGAUGUAUCGGAAAAAAAAUUUAAUGACCUUGGAAAAUUGUACACAGGCAUGAGUAAAACCAACGCCGACCUGAGAAAAACCUUACAGGAUAGCAACGAACAACUGAAACAAGAAAAAGACAAAAAUUCCGAACUCACAAACACCUUGAACGAGAAUAAAACAAAUCUUGCCUCAUUAUCUCUAAAAUUGAAAAACUCGAAUUCUCUGGAGUUAGAAUUAUCGAAUUGCAAGAAAGAGAGAGAAGACAUACAGAAUAAAUAUACAUCCCUUUCGACCGAAUUCGAAAAUUUGAAAAAUAUUUCGUCGAACACUGAAUCCGAAAAUGAGGGCAAACUCAAAGCAGAAAUGAACACGAUCAAGAAGGAAAAUAAUGAACUGAAACAAAACUUAACCUCAAUUCAAAAUGAUGCGAAUAAUAAAUCAACACAAAUUGAUACUCUAAUGAAACAAGUUAAGGAACUCAAGGAUGAAAAAGGUCUCCUGCAGAAAAAUCUGGAUUCGAUUCACAAAACUCUCCUUGAAUCCGAUAAUAUAAUCGAUCAGAUAAAAACUGAAACAGGCUCGGAACAACAAAGAAUAGGAAUCCAAAGAACAGAUAUGCAAAGCCAAAUACAAUCUUUGAAGUCUCAGUUAUAUGAAGCUCUUGUUAAACUCAAAAUACUGCAAGACAUGAGCGAUGAUAAUGAAAAACUGAAAAAAGCAAAUGAUCAGCUAAUGAACCAAAUGCAUAUAGGCUAUCAAAAAUAUAAUAAUUUGAAACAAGAGAAAGCAGAACUUGAUUCUAAGCUAGAUAGGCUUAACAAGCAGUUGCUGGAGGUCAAUGAGAACAUAAAUAAUGCGAAUAAAGAUAUUGAAGCGAAACAGGCACAGUUGGAGAAUUGUGAAUCCGAACAAACAAAACUCAAAGCUGCUCACAGUGACCUGCAGAAAAUGAAUGAAAAUCUCAAUUCGCAACUAAACCAAGCAAAAUCCAAAAUAAAUUCUUUCGAGCAGACUAAUUCACAGGACCUGACAAAUUUAGUGAAUGAAAAAAAUGAUCUGAAUAAUGAAAAUAUUUCACUGCGGUCACAACUCGAAAAGGCUAAAAAAGACUUGAAAGUUAUCACAGAUAAAAACGAUGAGGAAAUAGCCAAAUUGAAUGGCGAAAAACAAAACUUACAAAAUGAAUUGAAGAAGCUUAGUCAAGAUCUUGAAGCCACGAAGAAAAAACUGCUGGAAGCCACACAAGAGAUAGAGAGAAUGAUCGUAAAUGAAAGGAAUGUAGCGGAAUUGCAAUCAAAAUUGGACGCUUCGAAGAAUGCACUCAAGGAAAUUGAAGAUAAAAAAUUAGAUGAGGAAAUUUCCAAAUUGAUUUCCGAUAAACAGAAACUACAAGAUUUGCUUUCUUCGAUGAAACAAGAGCUAGAAGAGACAAAAACGAAACUAAAUAACGCACAAACACAGUCAACUCAUCUGGAAAACCUCAAAAGUGAGAACCUAAAACACAAAAAACAAAUUGCAGACCUUCAAACAUUAUUAGAUGAAACAAACUCGAGAAUAAAAUCUGUCAACGACCUGAAAAACAAAAAUAAUGAACAGGCGAAUUUGAACGAAGAUCCAGAUUUCGAAGUAGACUUGGUAAAAAAUAUGGGACAUAACCAGACUGCAACCUCUCAAGAAGAGAAAAAUGCUAAGACUACAGGUUCAAGUGGACAAGCUGUUGAGAAUAAUUUGGGUAAAAUGCAAGUUGAGGACUCAGUAGCACAAAGAUUAGAAGCUAUGGGAAAACAGUUUGAGAAGGAAGUCAAAGAAGCUGAUGAGGCACUCCAGGAAGAGCGAGAAUCACUUACCAAGAGGGUGGAAGAUUUAUUGUUUCAACUCAAGAUGGAAAAACAAAAGUGUGAUGAUUUAGUGAAAACACGCAACAAAUUGAAAGAAGAAAUUUGUAUCGUCAAGGAAGAGGUGAACAGUCUCAGAAAACUAAAAGACGAUUGCUUCACCCAAAUGAAUACUAGCCAAAGUAUAGUCUUCGACAUUUUCCAUCUAAUCAUCACUAUUUUGAAAGAUAUUAAAAGUGCAGGUAAAUUAUCGUGUUCACUAGAAGCAUUCAUUAUAUCAACUUUUGAAACAAUAAAACGUAAUAAAAUCUGGAAUAUCGACGGAAUUGGAAACGCUUCUAGCCAGAGCGACCAUCAUCAGGUCAACACUGAUAUAAAUGCAGAUGAUCUGGAAAAAAAAAUGGUGCAGAUGCAAGCAUAUUAUGAAGAGAACCUGAAACUCAUAAAAAAGAACUGUGCACUAGAGAAUAAUGAGAAUAUCAAGCUCCGGUCUUCAAAUAAUGAACUCUUAGUUGCCCUUGAAAAUGAGAUGAAUAUGACGAAACAGUACAGGAGAAUGCUGAUGAUUGCGAAUUCAAGAGUCGAGGAAUACAGGAGACAAACGUUGAAAUUGGAGAAUAAAUUUUUCGAGGAAAAAUCUAGAAGAUAUGAAAGCGAGGAAAUUAGUCGAAUAUCUAAUCAAUUCAGGGAAGAAACUGAGCAUUUGAUGGAUGACCUUAAGCAGAAAUUAUUGAAACAUGCUAUUAAAUUAUCAGAUACCGAUGAUACUGGGAAGAAACAGUCGACCACUACGAAAUCAUCAUCAAUUAAUGAGAGCUGCAUUGAAAAAACUACUGAACAAACGGACGGUUUUAUUCCAAAUGAAUGCAAUCCAGAGGAUCUACCAGAUCUACCAGAAUUGACUCUUCCGCUGGUCCGAACUCCAUCGGAAAGAUUAGAAACAAAGAAUGAUGAUGGAGUUGAUCCAACGAAAUCUGUACCAACGCCAGCUCCAGUAGAAUCUGAUUUUUCAAAGCAGACUAGUCCCACUACAAGUCCAAAUCCAUCAAGCGAUAACAAAAGUUCAAAUUAGAGAAGUGUAGAUCAUCAAAAGAUCCAAAAGAUGCGAAA